UUUGCUUGGCGGCGGUUCUUGCGCGUUGUGUAUUUUUAAUAUUUGUGGACAUUGUGGUUGUGCGUAUCCAGUACAAAGAGUGCUUAGCGGCAUGAGUCACUGUUAGGAAGCCUUUAGCAACACUUUGCACGUUGCUGCGCCCUUCCUGGUUUUCUACAUGGAUAUUUAGCCCCGGUGCGAUACUUUCGAAGGCGGCAUGCCGUUCCCGUCGGCGGCAUCCACCUUCAGCUUGGGCUCGAGUGGCGGCGGAGGCCCCAGCCUCUACGAGUUCUUGCUCGAGGCCGAGCUCUCAUCGUACUACGACGCGCUACGCAACGACCUCAAAGUUGUCUCGGUCGGACAGCUCAAGUACGUCGAGGAAGAUGACCUCCUGCAUCUGGGCAUGAGCCGGCCUGAGCAGAGGCGCCUGCGAAAGUACUUCCACAAGUACUUCCCCCAGACAUACUUGCGAAAGAUCAAGCAGAUGAUUCUCCCCAAGGCUAAAGAUGACAUGGAUCAGUCAUCAGUGCUGUUGCUUGACACUAGCACAGACAAGGGUUCCUCCACAUCGUCACAGGUUCGGGUUCCCAGCAAGCACAUCAUCCCUGCAGACAGCAUUGUCAUCAACAAGGAGCUAGGCAUUGGCGAGUUUGGUGUUGUCCAGCAAGGGGUCUGGACUAACGAAGAAGGAGACAGGAUUCAGGUUGCCAUCAAGUGCCUGAGCAAGGACCAGAUGCAGAACAACCCAAUGGAGUUCCUGAAAGAAGCUGUUAUCAUGCACACGAUUGACCAUGAGCACAUUGUCCGGCUCUAUGGAGUUGUUUUGGACACCGUGUCUCUCAUGCUGGUGACUGAGUUGGCACCUUUGCGGUCGCUGCUGGAGUGCCUGAAGGAGGCUGCUUUGAGACCCAGCUUCCCCGUGAUGGCACUGUGCGACUUUGCCAUGCAGAUUUGUGAUGGCAUGCAGUACCUGGAGAGCAAGCGCCUCAUUCAUAGGGACCUGGCUGCAAGGAACAUCUUGGUCUUCGCAAAAAAUAAGGUAAAGAUCAGCGACUUUGGUCUCUCUCGAGCACUUGGUGUAGGCAAAGAUUACUACCAGACGAACUUCAAUGUUAAUCUCAAGCUCCCAAUAGCAUGGUGUGCUCCUGAGUGUAUUAACUUCCUGCGAUUCACAUCAGCAUCAGAUGUGUGGGCUUUUGGCGUAACGCUGUGGGAAAUGUUCAGCUAUGGAUUUCAGCCUUGGGCUGCACUGACUGGUCAACAGAUCUUGGAAGCGAUAGAUGAACCAAACCUCCAGAGACUGGAGCAGCCUGACUGUUGCCCGAAGGACUAUUACGCACUCAUGCUCAAAUGCUGGCAGCAUGACCCAAACAAGCGACCAAAGUUUUCUGAAAUACUUCAAACGUUGCCUGAUUGCAAGCCCGAGCAAGUGCAGGCUAUUGCGGACUGCCUAGACACCUCUGGCUCACUGAAGCUCAAAAAAGAUGCCUUGCACUACCGAACAGGUGAUGUCAUUACAGUGCUGGACAAAAGGCCUGAUGCAUGGUCAUUGUGGAAAGGUGUCACAGCUGCAGGAAAGACUGGUCUCUUUAAUCCGGCUGCUACGAUUGCAUAUCUUGGCCACAAUCUGCCUUCAAGUCGAGCCAGCGGCAGUUUCACUCGGUUUGAUCCUCGUUCAGGCGCUGGUACGGCCUAUGCCAGUGGUCGCCGCAGUCGACUGCGGCCAGAGAUGAUUUCAGGACCUCAGGGUGACUUGAAGCAUACCGGUCACAUAGGCCUUGAUGGAGCAUUUUUUGGAGAUGUAGGUUUUCUCGGCGAUAAGUAUGGACAGCUCCCGAAGCAAGUUGUGAAUCCCUAUAAGCCUCAAGAAGAUAAGGACUCCUCAGACUCUUCAGAUAUGACACCUCUCCUAAACGGUUCAAGCUCGACUGUUGAUGGCAAAAGCGGUCCUGCAUUGGAAACUUGGUCAGAUACCAGUAGUGAGAAGGAUCUGGCAAAGGAGUACAUCCUUGAAAAAGAAAUCUGUGCCAAGCCCCUGGAUUUGAAACUUUCUAAUCCACUUGAUGUAAAGAGCAUGUCGGGAAAGGAAGGCCAGAAAUCUGAUCAUGAAUAUCAUGAAAUAAGUGAUGAGGAACAAGUGGAUGCUACUGAGAGUCCGAAGUUUGAAACUCUGGACUUGGGCCCCUCUUUGAUGGACGAAGUGUUUCGAGCUCUUGAGACAACUCAACUCAACUUUGACUUGGACAAAGUGCCCAAAGAUGACUGCUUUGCUAAAAGUGAGCCUCCAAAGGAGACACCCAAACCUUCCUCUGCGGGCAGCACUUUCAAGAAGAAGCAGCUUGCAACAGUCAAACCUAUUUCGGCUGCUGAGGAACAGACGCUUGAAACGGCUAUUGCAAUAGCCAAGGAAGCUGCUGCACAGAGUAUGCAGGAGAUGGAUGGUCGUUCGGAGUCUGAUGCCACCCAGGACAGCCCACGCACCCCCAGUUCACCAAACAAACGAAAGUUUUCUUUCAAGUUCAAGUCAAGCCCUAAAUUGGGGAGGCGCACUUUCUCAGAGGAAGCAGAGGCCAUUCCCGAUAUACAGGACUCCCUCACUGAGGAGGCCAAAGAAGCAUACAAUAGUCUCGUUGACAAGGGGCCAGAAAAACUAGUGGUGGUCGAGCCGACACUGACGCCCGCACCUGUGACGGGCAUUGAACCCCUGGAUGCAGGAGCCGACGUCAACCCACUGAGACGAAUUAGGAGUGGCAUCCAAAUUCAGCCUCGUGUCAGAGGCAAUCGUCACGGCAUCCCCAGCAGUUGCAGGCCCACCACUCCACACACGGCUGCGCUUGCACGCUUGGCUGCCAAUGCGGUCAGCUCAGGCAGUGCACCGAGAAAUGGGCUUGGAGCUCCACCGCCACCGCCCUUGCAGCAGCAAGCAGAGGCCGAAGCGAAUCCUCUGCCUUUGCCGCCGAGAGACCGCACAAAGCCUGCACAAGUGCUCAAACAUCACCAAAGGAAGCAUCCGCUACUCUUGCUUCCCGGCAGCGUGGCCGCAGAGACUGCGUGUAAGGACUCCAGUAGCGAGUCGCCUCCUGCACCAGUGAGGCAGGCCUCUGUAAAUGAACGGAUAGCAGCUGUUGAAGCAAAGAAAAGCAUAGCUGAGCCACGCUGUCCCCCAACAAAGCCAGUGCGAACAUCCAGUAACCCCGAUGAGUCAUUUGAGAACCAGAUCCAGGAAGGGAUUGACAGCUUAGACCAUCUCGCAACUGAUGCUCCAUCGCUACCAACCAUCUACAAGAACAGUGACCAUGUCAGUUGUGAAGAUCUCCUCGAGUUCGCCAUGGACAGGCCCAAUGCAAAAAGGACUCAAGGCCCUGCACGAGGAGUGGAUUCUGAUGAGGUUCGAAUCAUGCAAAAGGUUCUUGCAAAAGAGUGUGUUGGAGCUGAGGAGUGCCUUGUGGCCCUAAACGAAGUGGACUGGGAUGUGCACAAAGGAAUCAAGUGGCUGCGGCUUCAACAGCAGCUACAGCAGCGGCAUGGAUUGGCAUUUCCAGCUGAAGCAUGCUCACACGCCCUGGAGCAGAGUGGAUGGAAUGUUUUGCACGCCACCAAUUUCCUCAGAGCCACACAGGCAUUGGAUGACACCACUGAAGUCUAAUACCUGACAAAGAUUUUGCUUGGGGUGCCAAGUGUUGGAAAAGGAGCGUUUAGCUGUACUGCACGAACCGGUAACCUGAAAUGAUGACUAUCAUCAGCCUGGCACACUCCAUUGUUGUUCACUACCGUACACAGAAUAACUGCUUCUGUGGGAUUGACUGUGUCAGAAGACUAAUUAUGCUGCACAAGGCUGAGUUCUUGAACAAUAUCAUAUUGACAUUUAAUAUUAUUGCAUAGCUCUAUUUAAGUAGAGUGAAGAAAAGAGGUGCAGCUAAUUAAAUUUGUUAAUACAGCUAGAAGUACGUUUUUGCAAGAGCCCUAGAAGGGACUUGUCGUCUGACACUGAAUAUCACCUGGCCAUUUAUAUGAUCAGUAUCACACAUCAAGGCUAGUGAGCUGUCAAGAUGGGUCGCAUAUGGCAGUGCUCUGAUUACCCACACAGCUCAAUAGAGAACAGCAUGAAGUGAAGAGGCAGGGACAGAAAAGACACUUUGAUUGAGUGCAGCUUGCCACAGUGUUCCUAUAGUAAGCAGUCAAGUGUGCUGCUGCUCUUUUAUGAUUGUCAAGUCCGAGCAGCUGCCAGCUUUCUCAUCAAAGCCCUUUGUUAAAAAAGUUUUACCCUACAUCUGUCAAGCCAUCUUAGACCGUUGGUGCCUUGCGCCUUUCAAUCGUACAUGUCGAAAGUCUUUAGGGUCUAAGUAAAGCCAGUGGUCAUGGUUGUUUCGUGAUGCUUACUGCUUCACUCAUGUUGUUGCUUAAAUGGAAACAUAAUCAAAAGAACUUAAACUACUGCUUUUUUCACGUUGUGCCUAGGGUAUUAAUACUGGGUAUUGCCAAAAAAAAAAGUGCUGGUCGUAGGUAGGAGCGUGCUCAUAGUAAGAAGGCACAUUAUGGCCUGAUGGUUUAUGCUGAUGUGCUGCCGUUGAUGUGCCCUACCCUUGAAAAUGUACAGUGCACGCAGGACAUUUGCAAAUGCAGGCUAUACAUUGGUGCGAAAAGUGUGCCUCUGGGAACUCUCCCUGCCUCCGCCCCUUUGUUUAUGCCUCACUGAGACUCGCAUAAGGUUUUACUGAAACUAGGGCCAACCAAGAACUCUUUUAUAUAAACAAUUGUGUAGCCACUGUGGCAUUGCAGCCAUGUGUUUGCAUUGAGACAAUCUGAAAGAGAUGCUUACAUUAGCUGAACAUGAGAGCUCGCUUUAUGAAAAACAUAGCAGCACAUUGCAUAUAGCUUUUAAUUAUAAAAGAACUUGUUGUUGGGCUAGGUGGUAGAGCAUUUCGAAAAGUUAAUUCGAGCGCGAAAAUUUGACACGAUCACUCACACACACACACACCGAUGCAUCAAACACAUCUGUUUGACGCAUGGGUGUGUGCGUGUGUGAGUGAUCGUGUCAAGUUUUUGCGCUCGAAUUAACUUUUCGAAAGCUUUUAAUUACAUUGCAGAAUAGGCCGGUAUUUCUGGCUUAUCAUAUUGCAAGCAUCUCUUGCAUUAUACUGGUCUCUACUUAUCUAAAUAAAAAUUCAAAUACCUAUCACAGUUGCUUUUACAAGCACUUGAAGACCUAGCAAAUGCCAUUUUCUUUUUGUGCUUUGUUGCAGUGAUAUUUGCUUGACUGCAUGUGCAAGGAGUGCAAAGUUUAGGCCUCUGCAUCUAUAAAUGCCAUACAAACUUGUGGGGAAGCAAUUUUUUUCUCUUCUACCCUAUUGUGUGCUGCUUGUAUAAGCUGUGUUGACAGUGCUGUAAGCUCUCUCUUUAGCAUUUUUUUUAUGUAGCUCAGGGCCUUGCAUAGAAGCCCCCCCCCCCCCCCCCCCCUUUGUUUUUUAGCCUAGCGAUGUCUGUGUUCAUGUUCUUAGCUAGGCAAUAAAAAAUUUUCGGCCAUAGAUGUCUUUGCAUACACAGUUUAAUUCAUUUCUACCUAUUAAAUGGGAACAUUGGUUGUCAGUAUUGGUAGGUAAGCCACGUUGUCUACUGAUAACGCAUGUUCUCCUGAGAAUUCUUGCAAAGUAUGUGCCAUUUUUGUCAUAGUUAUUUAAUUGGUUGUCAUAUCUAAAGUUCCUCUUCAAGAUGGUCCUCCCAUCAGCAGGGUCUUGGUAAAAGUGUAAGUGUACAAUUUAAGUCACUGUUAAAUACGACAUUUGUGCACCAUUGUAAAAUGUACUGCAUGCAAUAUGAAUGAGCCACUUUCACAAGCAGGUUUGUUUUGUGCUCUUAGUGGUGAAGCUUGAGCAUUUGCAGUGCUAGAUCUUUUGAUGCCGAUUUUAACCUAGCCUCCUUGGAGCAAUAGCUGCAUUUCCUCCGUUACUGCUGCCCAGGAAAAAGGCCUUUUGGUGUAAAUAUAUUUAUAAAUAGGCUUUUUGGAGUGUUAGGUUUGCCUUGUGCAAGUUUGUAUAUGUUUGUCGUGUAUGUUUUGUGAGCAGCUUUGCUUUGGUAGGCUGCAUUUCAUAACAGAUUUUAAUUGUGAUUGCCUUAUAGGUGGUCUUUGUGCUUGGCUGUUUGCAUGUAGGUCCUAUCUCUAAUGUCAUGAACACAGCAAUAGCUGCAAUUUUGCCGCUUUGAUAGAAUUAUUGGCAGUACUAAUCUCUGUCUUGACAACGUAUCCCAUAGCCAAGAUCUAGAGGUGCAAGUUAAUAUUUUUACAUGCUGGCGUUUUGCACAGGAACAGCAGCAAGCCAAACCUGCAUUCCUGUGUCUUGUUUGAAGCAAUAUAUUGGCAGCUGUAUGUUAAACAUGCCUUCCUUACAACCAUGUGCAAGUAUUUCUCUUUUUAAAUUGCCAGAAAAGCUGGUGUCUGCAGUUGUAAAAGCAUUCUUUCAUAUGGCUUUUAGAAACCUCAUAGCAAUGCAUUUUUCUAUUUUCGUCUUACUUAGCAUUUGACAUUAAAAAUUCUCCUGUUGUAUUGCACGAGUUUAAUAUAUUUAACUAAAGUUACCAACAGGAGCAUUGGCCUGUUUGAUAACAAAAUGGCUCAGCUACUGGUGUUAUUUCAAGUUUCUAACUAAAAACCUUGAGACAAGACAGGGUUUUCGUGUGAUUUGCAAAGUAUUAGUGUCUGGAAUAAUCUGAAUGCCUUUUUUUUCUGUAUGCAGCAGCUGUACUACAUCUCUACUCAGCAUUGCAUACUGUCAAUAAAAUGUUUGACGAAUGUAG